CGUAGACAUUUUACGGCCGUAUUGUCGAGCCAGUUCACGGACGCAUGCACCACGCUAAUAUUUUUCUAUCAUUUCCAUCUUUAUUUCAAUGUUACAGAGAAGUUGAUUUGAGACAUCAUGCGUCAGUAACAGUGGGAGAUGGCAGCAGAAAAAAGGGGAGGCGUCGAAGAGGAAGUUGUUUAUUUUCCACCACCACAGAAUCUCACACACCUUCAGUUCAGUGAUUUUCGGUGAUGAAACAAGCAGGGCAUACAAGAAGUGAAAUGCUGAGGCCAUCAAGUCGUACAAAUUUAAAGACGGUCAGUGAUGAGGAUAGUUCUGGAUCUGGUGCGGGGUCAGAGGUCAGUCCUGAACUAGAGACAGACCGUUUUGGCUUCAUAGUUCCCAGUGGAUCUGAAGCUGGGUUUGUGGGCCCACACCCUCAACUUGUUAGGCAGAGGGAAGCCAAAUGGAUCAACAUCAUGGACCAAUGGCAGAGCAUCUUAUUAAAGAAGACUAAUAUGGUCAAAGUGCAGUGUCAGAAAGGCAUUCCGACAUCACUCAGAGCAAAGUGUUGGCCUCUGCUGUGCGGUGCCACCAACAGGAUGAAGCACAACAAACAACUUUUCCAGUCUCUUGACUCACAGGUAGCUCUGCAGAAGUGGGUGGACAUCAUUAAUAGAGAUCUGGACCGGCAAUUUCCUUUCCACGAGAUGUUCCUCUCAAAAGACGGGCAUGGGCAGCAAGGUUUGUUCCGGGUGUUAAAAGCCUACACUCAGUAUCAACCAGAGGAAGGCUACUGUCAAGCGCAAGGGCCAGUGGCUGCUGUUCUCCUUAUGAACAUGCCAGCAGAGGAGGCCUUCUGGUGUUUGGUCCAGAUUAGCGAGAACUACCUACCAGGAUACUACAGUCCUCUACUGGAAGGAGUCUUGUUUGAUGCAACCGUGUUGACAUGGGUUCUGAAAAAGACUUGUCCGUCCGUGCACAAGCACCUGCAGCUACACGAAGUGGAGCCUCUCAUGUUUGCCACGGACUGGCUGAUGUGUUUGUUCACACGCCACCUGCCUUUUAAUACUCUCCUCCGAGUGUGGGACCUGUUUUUCUGCAAGGGGGUGCGGGUGCUACUACAAGUAGCAGUGGUGCUGGUGCGUCGCGUGCUGGGUCAGGCCGGGCAGAGGAAACAGUGUCAGGGCCAGAUGGAGACUCUGCAGAGGCUGAGGGACGUCAGGUGUGAAGUCCAAAAAGAGGACAAUGCCUUCAUAGAAGAGGUGUGUGCUGUUCCACUUUCUUCCACUGAUUUGAAAAAACACACAGAGAAGGCACUGGCAAAGUGGAGAAAAGACAGACCCUCAUCCACUUUUGACCCCAGAGGUCGCUGCCAUGGAUACCGAGUGGCUUGGGAAAGGGUUCAACUCAACCAGGCGGAGCUGGACAAGAAUGAGAGAGAGACGGGCAACCUGUCUGCACCACUUGCCCGCUCAGCCUCCUGUCUGUCGCUGUCACCUUCUCUGCUUCAGAAGAGAUGGCGAAAAGGCGGGGAUGUCAGAAUACAGGGGGUUGGUCGUGGAGUUUCGAGGCACUGCUCAAUGGGGGCAAAUGAUUGGCAAAGUUGCUAUGAGUUGAACUUACAGUUCAUAAGGGAGGAUAAAGGUAUUAAACGACAAAGAGACCCAUAUAAAAAGAAGCAGACUGUAAAAGAGCUGAGAAAAACGACCUUAAGCCCAGUUGAGCAACAUAUUGCUUUGAGACUGCAUUCCUCCAACCAGAACCUGGAAGAGAUAGAGGUGACAAGGAGUCUACCAAACCAGAGAGCGGAAAUAGAUUUAAAUCAGGAUGCCCUGCCGUCAGAGGCAGAAGUUACAAAUCUGGCAAAGAUGCACAUGGUUGAUGAGAUUGCACUAUGCGAGGGCCCGACCCAAUCAGAACUGGUUCAGAAUAAAUCAAUUGGAGAUGUUGUCAUGGUGACUGACAGGAAAUCAUCUGAAUCAUUAGCAGAAAUCGACAUCACCCCAACAUCUCAUGAGACACAGGCUGAUGAUGUGAUAGGGAAUCACAUAACCGAGGAACAACCAUUAGAUGCUGUUCAAAAUUGUGCGAUGCUGUACUGCACAAAUACUACUUUUAAGUCUCCGAAUCAGUGCACCCAACAGUUAAUUACAAGUGAAGUGUGUUCUCUUUGUUGUCAGACAGAAAGCAACAACAAAAUGACGAAAAACCAAACACAUGAGGAAAUAACUCCCCUGCUGGAACAAGCGUGUUUGACCGGGACUCCCCUCUUGUCAGGUGACAUCCGCAAGUCUUCCAGCUCCCAUGGCUUAAAGUUAACAAGACGCCUCGCCGAAGAUCUUUUCACCAAUCCCAGUCAAAGCCCCUGUGAGUCCAAACCACCAAACGUAAUUGCUCAUCAAAUCAAAACAGAAUACGCACCUGCAGAGCCUAACCAACAUGCCAAUGUUUUCCACAAGAAGCCCAAAAAGAACACAGGGAAAGUGGCAGCCAGAAUCCAAGUUCCCACCAUCUUGAUCCAAGAUUUUAGCGAUGUUUUGGGAAAACUGGUUGAAGAGGAGAACGCAAACACCAGGGAGAGGAGGUGGUGGUGGCGGCGGCAUGAGCAAGAAAAAAGGGGGAAAGAUGAGGAAAAUUUGAGGACGAAGACAGCUAAAGAAGUGAUAAAGGGGAAGGAAAAAGAGAGGAAGAAACCACAAACAAGGGGGAAAAGUUUUCAGGUCCAAAAAGACAACAUGAAAUUUUCCCCUUCAUAUGCCGAAGCUUACUUUUGAUUCAGUCUCUUUUGUUAACUCAUUUAUUUCCGGCAAUUGACAUUAAAUCAAUUUUAAUUAGAAUGAUUGGUAUUGAAUAAUAAUGUUUCAGUGUCAAUGGCGGCACUAGAUGUCCAGUCUGCAGUAUUUGGACCAUUCGAUCACCGCCAGCCUCUUCCACUCCAAAUGGAUUGGACAUCUAGCGCAAUGGCAGCC